AUGCCAUCUAUCCAGCUGCCACUGCUACUCCUCUGCCUGACCUUGUGUGGUGUUUGCCUCAACCGGGGGCAGCCUCUUCCAGAGCGAAGUGAGAACAUGGGAAGAAGUCCCCUGGAUGACAUCCUGCAGAGAUCUGAAAGCCUCGUUCUUCAGUCUGUCCUCAAGAAAGCUGAAAAGGAAGAAGAGAUGAAUAAAGAAUCAAAUGCCCCUCUGUCAGAAUGGCUUUCCAAAAGACAACACCCUGGGAAAAAGUACCUAAGUGACCUGGAGAAGAGACAGCAUCCUGGAAAAAGAGAUUCUGAGGAAGACACAUCUUACGGAGACAUUCAGAAGAGGCAGCAUCCAGGGAAAAGAGAGAUGGAAGAUGACCUUGACGGCUAUCUGGAGCUGAAAAAGCGACAGCAUCCUGGCAGAAGGUCAUUGUCAGAUCAGUAUGCUGACACCUCCAGUCCACAGCUAACCUACUUGAAUGAGUUAUCCAAAAGACAGCAUCCAGGCAGAAGGUAUCUGAUGUACAAGCGCCAGCAUCCUAGCAAAAGAGGCUGGAAUGAUGAGGUAGACCUAAAUGACCAAUAUGGUGAGAAACGCCAGCACCCUGGAAAACAGCACUGGAAUUCUGACAGCCCAGAUGAUGCAGGCCCCUGCAUCUUUCAGGAGUCCUUCACCUGUAACAAAGGCAGCUUGUUGCUUGACUUAGUACAAGAUGUUAGCAAAGGCAGGGUAGAAGAAAAACGUCAGCACCCAGGAAAGAGAUCAGCAUGGGAGAGUGAAACAGAAGAAUGA